CUUCCCUUUGCCGCCCAGCCCGGCGGGCGCCGCCGGCCGCUGCUGCUUCUCCCCCCCCGCCCCGCUCCUCCUCCUCCGUCCGCGCCCCGGUGCAAAUCUGGGGGAGCCCCCCUCCUAUCUUUGCAACACCCCCCUCCCGCCCUUCCCAGGAUUGCACGGGGCCCGGCCGGGAUGCAACAGCCCUAGAAGCAAAAAAAAAAAAAAAAAAAAAAAAAAAAAAAGGGGGGGGGGUCAGGUUUGCAACUCAAUUUCCUGCCCCCCCCCUUACACCCCAGUUUCAGCCAGGCCCUAGGGAUGGUGCGGAGGGGCCACUGGAAGGACAGACGGAAGUGCGUCCUCUGAAGACAUUGCCCCGGUUGCUUAUACCUACGUGAUGGGGAGAUAAAUUGAGUUCACGCGACUCUCUGAUGGACAGGCCCGUGAGUUCCCGCGGUGAACACUGAGGGUCACAGGAGAGCCGCCAUGGCCGGCGCCUCCGUCAAAGUGGCCGUGAGGGUGCGGCCUUUCAACUCCCGGGAAAUCAGCCGGGACGCUAAAUGCGUGAUCCAGAUGCAAGGAAAAACUACCUGUAUCACCAAUCCCAAGCUGACAAAAGAUGCUCCCAAAAACUUCACCUUCGAUUAUUCCUACUGGUCCCACACCUCGGAGGAGGACCCCAGCUUUGCCUCCCAGCGACAGGUGUACGAGGACAUCGGGGAGGAGAUGCUGCUUCACGCCUUCGAGGGCUACAACGUCUGUAUCUUCGCCUACGGCCAGACCGGGGCCGGCAAGUCCUACACCAUGAUGGGCAGGCAGGAGCCGGGGCAGCAGGGGAUCAUCCCCCAGCUGUGUGAGGAUUUGUUCACCCGGGUCACCGAGAGCCACUCCCCCGACCUGUCCUACUCCGUGGAGGUGAGCUACAUGGAGAUCUAUUGCGAGCGGGUGCGGGACCUGCUGAACCCCAAGAGCCGGGGGAACCUGCGGGUUCGGGAGCACCCCAUCAUGGGCCCCUACGUGGAGGACCUGUCCAAGCUGGCCGUCACCUCCUUCGCUGACAUCCACGACCUCAUGGACUGCGGGAACAAGGCCAGGACCGUGGCCGCCACCAACAUGAACGAGACCAGCAGCCGCUCGCACGCCGUGUUCACCAUCGUCUUCACGCAGAGGAGACACGACGAGCUGACCGACCUCGACACCGAGAAGGUCAGCAAAAUCAGCCUGGUGGAUCUGGCCGGCAGCGAGCGAGCCGAGUCAUCCGGCGCGAAGGGCAUGAGGUUAAAGGAAGGUGCGAACAUCAACAAAUCCCUCACCACGCUGGGGAAGGUGAUCUCCGCCCUGGCCGAGAUGCAAAACAAGAAGAAGAAAUCCGAUUUCAUCCCUUACCGCGACUCGGUUCUCACCUGGCUGCUCAAGGAGAAUCUGGGCGGUAACUCCCGCACGGCCAUGAUCGCCGCCCUGAGCCCAGCCGACAUCAGCUACGAGGAGACGCUCAGCACCCUCCGCUACGCGGACCGCACCAAGCAGAUUCGGUGCAACGCGGUGAUCAACGAGGACCCCAAUGCCCGGCUCAUCCGGGAGCUGAAGGAGGAGGUGGCCCGGCUCAGGGAGCUGCUCUUCGCCCAGGGCCUCUCCGACGCCCCCCUCCCCGGCGGCUUGAAGCGGGAGGAGCCCGACAGCCACCCCCCUGCUCCCGCACUGCCCUACGACCCCGCGGCCGAGCCCCAGUCCCCCGCCCCCCUCAACGGGGGGUCCGAGCCCUUCCCCACCCUGGAGGAGCAGGUCAUCUGCACAGAGGAGGCUAUGGAGAGGCUGCAGGAGACGGAGAAAAUCAUCGCGGAGCUGAACGAGACAUGGGAGGAGAAGCUGCGGAAAACCGAGGCCCUUCGGAUGGAGAGGGAGGCGCUCCUGGCCGAGAUGGGCGUGGCCGUGCGGGAAGACGGUGGCACGGUGGGGGUCUUCUCCCCGAAAAAGACCCCGCACCUGGUGAACCUGAACGAGGACCCGCUCAUGUCGGAGUGUCUACUAUACCACAUCAAGGACGGCGUGACCAGGGUGGGCCAGGUGGACGUCGACAUCAAGCUGACGGGGCAGUUCAUCAACGAGCAGCAUUGCCUUUUCCGGAGCCGCACCGGCCCCGCCGGGGAAGCCAUUGUCACGCUGGAGCCGUGCGAGGGGGCUGAGACCUACGUCAACGGGAAGCAGGUGACGGAGCCGCUGGUCCUGAGGUCAGGUAACCGCAUCGUGAUGGGCAAGAACCACGUUUUCCGCUUCAACCACCCGGAGCAGGCGCGGCUGGAGCGGGAACGCAGCGCCCCCGCCGAGCCCCCCGCCGAGCCCGUCGACUGGAACUUCGCCCAGCGCGAGCUGCUGCAGGAGCAGGGCAUCGACAUCAAGCUGGAGAUGGAGAAGAGGCUCCAGGACCUGGAGAACCAGUACCGCCGGGAGAAGGAGGAGGCCGAUCUGCUCCUGGAGCAGCAGAGGCUGUACGCGGACUCGGACAGCGGGGACGACUCGGACAAGCGCUCGUGCGAGGAGAGCUGGCGGCUCAUCUCCUCGCUGCGGCAGAAGCUGCCGGCCACCAACGUGCAGAGCAUCGUGAAGCGCUGUGGUGUGCCCAGCAGCGGCAAGCGGCGGGAGCCGCUCCGGGUCUACCAGAUCCCCCAGCGCCGGCGCCUGGGCAAGGACCCCCGCUGGGUCACCCUGGCCGACCUGAAGAUGCAGGCGGUGAAGGAGAUCUGCUACGAGGUGGCGCUGAACGAUUUCCGCCAGGCCCGGCAGGAGAUCGAGGCCAUGAGCAUCGUGAAGAUGAAGGAGCUGUGCCGGCUCUACGGGAAACGCGACCCCAACGAGAAGGAGAGCUGGCGGGCCGUGGCCCGGGACGUCUGGGACACCGUGGGCGGGGGCGAGGAGCCGGAGGGCCGCGGCGGCGGGGGCGCCAACCCGGCGGUGGACGACCUGCGGGCCCACAUCGACAAGCUGACCGACAUCCUGCAGGAGGUCAAGAUCCAGAACAACAUGAAGGACGAGGAGAUCCGGGCCCUGCGCCACCGCAUGGUGAAGAUGGAGAGGGUCAUCCCCAUCGCCCAGGAGGACGGGGUGGACGAGGACCUGGAGAACGACUGGAGCUCCCCGCUGUUCGAGGCGGGGCUGGCGGAUGAGGCGGGGUCCCGGGACCGGGCGGGGAGCCCGGAGUCCCUGUGCGCCCGGGAGGAGCCAGAGCGGAGCUACGCGCGGGUGUGCCGGCUGAUGGAGCAGGACCCGGCUUUCCGGCGCGGCCGCCUCCGCUGGCUGAAGCAGGAGCAGGCCCGGCUCCAGAACCAGCAGCAGCUCGGCAAGGGCCUCCGGCGCCAGCCCCACGCCCCCGGCAAGUUCGUGCCCCCCCAGGACUGCAAGCUGCGUUUCCCCUUUAAGAGCAACCCCCAGCACCGCUACUCCUGGGGCCCCAACACCGCCUUCAUGGUGGCCGGUGGCGAGGAGCCGGAGCCGGAGGGCGACGGCCUGGGGCAGGAGCCAGCCCCGGGGUCGCCCCGGCGCCCCGGCGGCCCCCAGCACAAACACUGCAGCCAGCAGCCGGCCCAGCGUCCCCACCGGCGCAACUCCCUGGACGGGGGGAGCCGGGCCAAGCCCUCCCGCCCCGGCGCCCCGGAGCACUACCAGUCCCGCAAGCACAACUAUUACCCGCAGCACCGCCAGCCUUACCCGCAGCACCGCCCCUACCUGGGCCCCCGCCCGCCCCACGCCACCCCGCCCCGCAUGCGCCGGCAGCGCUCGGCCCCCGAGCUGCAGGACCAGGAGACCCCGGUGUAACCGCCGCCCCCCCGGGGGGGCCGCCUCUGGCGUGGAGGGUCAUGGGGAAUGCCAGAGACGGCAGCCAAGCUGCAGAGGACCAUGGGAACGUGAGACGAGCCGCAGCGGAGUGUGGGGAAGCCAGGGGGCGACGGCGGCGCUGCACGGGGGCUCGUGGGAAAAUCAGGGAGUGGAGGAUCAUGGGAAAUGGGGGCAGGCCGCCGAGGGUCAUGGGAAAGUUGCAGGGGGGAGUAAGUGCGGCGCUGCAGAGGAUCACGGGACGUUACGGUGAGCCACGUUGGAUCCUGGGGCGAUUGCGGAGUAGAGGAUCAUGGGAAAUCAGGGUGAACUGCAGAGGAUCAUGGGACAUUAGGGUGAGCCAUGUUGGAUCAUGGGGAAAAUCAGGGAGUGGAGGAUCAUGGCAAGCCAUGGGGGCUCAUGGGAAAAUUGCAGAGUGGAGGAUCAUGGGGAAAUCAGGGUGAACCGCAGAGGAUCAUGGGGAAAAGCGGGGAGUGGAGGAUUGUGAGAAAGCAGGGUGGGUUGCAGAGGAUCAUGGGAAAUGGAGCCAGGGGACAAGUUGCAGAGGAUUGUGGGAAGUGGGGAUGGGGCGGGUGAGCCGCAGAGGACUGUGGGAGCUCCCAUUCUGGGGAUGGGCGGGAAACUCCCCCGGGAGCCAGCCGGCUUGGCCCCAUGCCCCCAGGGGUCUCUGGGUGCUGGUGCUGGGAAGAGUGGGGAGACCCCUGGUCCCAAAGGCCCCCCCCGGGGGUGCGUCGCCCACCUUGGGCCCUGCUCACCCAAGGACAAUCAGGUUAAUUGUAAACCCCCCCUUCCUUGUCGCACCCUUGGGGGGGGGCUUGUCUUGGCCACCCCACCCCAUACAGCUGCUGCUGGAGGGGGCUGCAGGGCAUGGGGCUCCCCUACAAGCCAGAACUAUGGAGGGGUAAAGGAAGCCACGGGAGUAGGGCCAGAUGUGGGACUGGGGCUGCAGGGGGAGCCAGGACUCCUGGGUUCUCUCCCAGGCUCUGGGAGGGGAGUGGGUGCUAGAGAGUGGGGGUGGGGGUGGGGCUGGGAGCCAGGACUCCUGGGUUCUCUCCCUGGCUCUGGGAGGGGAGUGGGGGCUGGUGGGCCCCAGGACUUGCAUUUCCCUGGCUGUGGUUGGGGGGCUGGUGUCUAGAUGGGUCCUGAGCCUUUAAGUGGGGGGGGGGGGGUUCACAGCUGUCCCCCAAUCCUGCCCCCCUGGCCUCAGCAAAGGCCUGGCUGAUUUCCAAAGCCUCCAGUGCCCCCUAGCUUUGAGGUCCCCCCUCCCCGCAAGGGGGGGGGCAAGGGUGGAGAGGGACAAGCCCUGCCCCCCCCAGGUGCUGAAGCCCACACACCAAGACAUUCACUGCCUUCAGGACCCCCCCCACAACUCAGCACCCCCAACUCAGCAGCAUGACCCCCUAGAGCCCAGAACCCCCCCCACUGGGGGUCCCUCAGCCCCCCCACCCCCCAGGAGAAGUUGUGGCCUGUGUGUGUUGUGUUUCUUCACCCCCCUCCGUUCUCUGUGGUUGGAUUUAUUCUUGGGGGGGGCAGGCCCAGGAAUUAUAUUGUGCUGUCCCCCCCCGUAUUAAACGUGUAAACUGCC